AUGGCGGACUGUGUCGGCGCCGAGGUCUUGUUUCCACCUCCUCUACCUCCAACUCCGGCAAUGUCGCUGCUUGAAGAGAGCGGUGAUUCCGAGGAGAUGGGGUUCCACCCGGGGGACCGCAGCCCCGCCGGCGGCGAGGACGAAGGUGACGAGGAGUCGUGCAGCUCCGGCAGCGGCGGCGGCGGUGGCCGCGGCGUCGAGGGGCAGGGAGAAGGCGGAGGGAGUGAGGGAGGGGAAGACUUGGCGAAGAGCGAGGGCCGCGACGGCGGCGGCGCCCGGUCUCCCGCCGCCUCGGAAUCGUCCAACUGGAGCGAGGCGGAGAAGAGCCGUCUCUUCUGGGAGACCUGCCUCCAGUCUGGGUAUCCAUGA